AUGGCUCACGAACCCCCAAGGACUAAGAGCGACUACCGUUUCAUUGCAUGGUGGGAGCCCUGUAACCGCCCUCUUUGUCCGAACCUUUCCCCUUCUUCUCUCCUUACCCGUUCUCCCUCCCUUGACUCAACCUCGCCCACCUCAGAUGCGCCCGGUUCUUGUCUGAUCGCCCUGCGAGACUCCAGCCAUGAGUGUCUCGCUGCCCUUGAGGUCGGCGCUGGGGUGCCUGGUGGCCCCCAGCACUCGCGCGGGGGAAAGUGCUCCUUGCGCCGUCCGACGCGUUCGCUCGCUUUGCCUCAAUGGUCGCUCGUGUCGCUCGUCUCCAAACGAGCCGCUUCCACCGCUCCUCCGGCUUCGGAGCCCGUCUCGGCAACACCGUAUUCCGAGCUGACCAUCGGUGUCCCAAAGGAAAUACACCAAAAUGAGCUGCGCGUGGCGAUCACUCCUCAGAAUGUUGCUCUACUGCUUAAGAAAGGGUUCUCGCGUGUGUUGAUCGAGCGUGGUGCUGGCGAGGGAGCCCAACUACUGGACCAUGCCUAUGAACAAGCCGGCGCGACAAUGGUCGAUCGCGAUGCGGUCUGGUCCCAGAGUGACAUCGUGCUGAAAGUUCGAAGCCCCCAGGUGGAAGGUCCUCUCAACGAGGUGGAAGGUCUACGCAAAGGCUCGACCAUUAUCUCUUUCUUGUAUCCCGCCCAGAACAAGCCCAUUGUCGACGCGCUGGCUGCCCGUGGUGUGACCGCGUUUGCUAUGGAUCGCAUUCCUCGUAUUUCUCGUGCCCAGGUCUUUGAUGCUCUGAGCUCUAUGGCCAAUAUUGCCGGUUAUAAAGCUGUACUAGAGGCUUCAAACCACUUCGGUCGCUUCUUGACCGGUCAGGUAACUGCCGCAGGAAAGAUCCCUCCCAGUAAAGUCCUCGUGAUCGGUGCGGGCGUCGCGGGUCUGUCAGCCAUUGCCUCGGCCCGACGCAUGGGUGCUAUCGUCCGAGGUUUUGAUACUCGUCCAGCUGUCCGUGAACAAGUCCAGUCUUUAGGUGCGGAAUUCAUCGAGGUUGAUUUGGAAGAAGAUGGUUCUGGACAAGGUGGCUACGCAAAGGAAAUGUCCAAAGAGUUCAUCGAGGCCGAGAUGAAAUUGUUUAUGGAACAGGCCCGUGAGGUCGAUAUUAUCAUCACGACGGCUUUGAUCCCUGGGAAGCCAGCCCCAAAGCUAAUCACCAAGGAAAUGGUAGCUGCCAUGAAGCCUGGUUCGGUCAUUGUUGAUCUUGCGGCCGAAGCUGGUGGUAACUGCGAAGCAACUGUUCCUGGUCAACUCUCAAACUACAAGGACGUCACGAUCAUCGGCUACACGGAUCUUCCUUCUCGUCUGCCCACUCAGUCUUCGACUCUGUAUUCCAACAAUAUCACGAAGCUUCUGCUGUCUAUGGCACCCAAGGACAAGUCGUACGGUAUCGAUUUCAAUGACGAAGUGGUUCGUGGAUCCAUUGUCACACGCGAUGGUGAAAUAAUUCCUCCAGCCGCACCGCCUGCCCCGCCUCCGGCACCGAAGGCAGAUGCCCAGAGUGUUGCCGCAAAGAAGGAAGAAGUUGCGCUCACGCCGUGGCAGAAGGUUACUCGGGAAGUGGCCACCGUCACGGGAGCCAUGGGCGCCACACUCGCUCUUGGUAAAGCUACUGGUCCCAUGUUCAUGGGCAACAUGAUGACAUUCGGUCUUGCUGGUCUGGUCGGCUAUCGUGCAGUCUGGGGAGUAGCACCUGCUCUUCACUCGCCCCUUAUGAGUGUUACCAAUGCCAUCUCCGGUAUGGUUGGUAUCGGUGGUCUGUUUAUCAUGGGUGGAGGCUAUACCCCGACUACUCUCCCUGAAUACCUCGGUGCUGCUUCUGUUCUCCUGGCGUUUGUCAAUGUCUCGGGUGGAUUUGUCGUGACAAAGCGCAUGCUCGAUAUGUUCAAGCGCGCCACCGAUCCUCCAGAGUACCCGUGGCUGUAUGCUAUCCCCGGUGUUGUAUUCGGCGGUGGCUUCCUGGCUGCUGCAAGUACUGGAAUGGCUGGUAUUGUUCAAGCUGGAUAUCUUGUCAGCACCAUUCUUUGUAUGAGCUCCAUCUCCAGUCUGGCUUCACAACAGACUGCGCGCCGCGGCAACAUCUUCGGCAUCCUGGGUGUCGUUUCUGGAAUUCUUGCCUCGCUGGCUGCAGUAGGCUUCUCGACUGAGACUUUGACUCAGUUCGCUGCUGUUGCUGGUACUGGUGUUCUGGUUGGAGGUUUGAUUGGACGCCGCAUCACCCCUACCGGGCUUCCUCAGACUGUCGCUGCUCUGCACUCGGUCGUUGGUCUCGCUGCUGUUCUGACCAGCAUCGGCAGCGUGAUGGCCGACAUCGCUGACAUUUCGACUUUGCAUUUGGUUACGGCGUAUAUGGGUGUUCUCAUCGGUGGCAUCACGUUCACUGGUUCGAUUGUUGCCUUCAUGAAACUCGCCGGCCGAAUGUCGUCCACUCCGAAGAUUCUCCCGGGGAGACAUGUGAUCAACUCGACAUUGCUGGGCAGCAACAUAGCAACCAUGGGAGCUUUCGUAACCAUGGCCCCCGCAAACCCAACGAUUGCGUUAACCUGUCUAGGUGCAAACACUCUCCUCAGUUUCAUGAAAGGAUACACCACGACUGCGGCUAUCGGCGGACCUGAUAUGCCGGUGGUGGUUACAGUUCUCAACGCCUAUUCUGGCUUCGCUCUAGUCGCUGAGGGACUGAUGCUCAACAAUCCGCUCUUGACUAGUGUCGGGUCACUCAUCGGGGUCAGCGGUUCUAUCCUGUCGUACAUCAUGUGUGUCGCCAUGAAUCGAUCGCUCACCAAUGUUUUGUUUGGCGGUCUUGGCACCCCGGCACAGCAAACGCAGAAGAAGAUCGAGGGCGAAGUCACGCAGACAAACAUCGACGAUACAGUGGAGGCACUUUCGGGUGCUGAGAAUGUCAUCAUCAUCGUCGGCUACGGAAUGGCUGUCGCAAAGGCUCAGUAUCCUCUAGCCGAAAUCGUCAGCAUUCUCCGUGCUCGCGGCGUUAAUGUCCGCUUUGCUAUCCACCCCGUGGCUGGCCGCAUGCCCGGGCAGUGCAAUGUGCUCCUCGCCGAGGCAUCCGUUCCGUAUGAUAUUGUCCUGGAAAUGGACGAGAUCAACGAGGACUUCUCCGAUACGGACGUGACCCUGGUAAUCGGCGCCAAUGACACCGUCAACCCAAUUGCUCUUGAGCCCGACUCUGCGAUUUCCGGAAUGCCGGUCCUGCACGCUUGGAAGAGCAAGGAAGUGAUUGUCAUGAAGCGGGGCAUGGCAAGCGGAUACGCUGACGUCCCCAACCCGAUGUUCUACAUGCCUGGAACGAGGAUGCUCUUUGGAGACGCGAAGGCUUCUUGUGAUGCUAUCAAGUCGGCCCUAGAGGCAAGGAAGUAG